GAAAAUGGCGCAGUCUAAAAUUUCCCAGAGAGAUUGUCAGGCAUUUGAUAUGCAAUGAUCUCUGGCUAAUCCUUCUGCACCAAAACACAUUUCCUGCUGUCCGAACACGAGCUACCCAUGAAGCUCUCUGCCAUCUCAGUCAUUCCAUUAACCUUCUUCUUCGUGUCAGUGCUUCAUCGUCCUUCCAACUGCCAACAACAAUACAUCGGUGCAGCGGUGACCAACUGCUCCUCCGCUUCAUUGAGCUCAAAUGGUUACCUCUGCAAUGACAACCCCCAAUCCCAGUGCCAGUCUUUUAUGUCUUUCCGUUCUAUCCCACCUUAUGAUACUCCCUCGAGCAUAGCCAACCUCCUCGACUCUGACCCGUCCAGCAUAGCCUCGUCGAACAACUUCACUUCCAUAGGCGAAACAAUCCCUUCCAAUCACUUGGUCAUCGUUCCGGUCUCCUGUUCCUGCUCUGGAAGUAUAUACCAGCACAGCGCCACUUACACUGUCACCCGAGGCGAUUACUACUUCAGGAUAGCAAACAGUACAUAUCAGGGCCUGACCACCUGCAAGGCCAUCUUGGGUCAAAACUACUAUGAUCCAGAAGAUAUCCCGAUUGGCGUGAGACUGGUGGUCCCUCUAAGAUGUGCUUGCCCGAGCACAAACCAGACGCAGAGCGGAUUCAGCGUCUUGCUUACAUAUAUUGUGGCGCAGGACGAGACUAUUGAGGAGAUAGGGCCAAGAUUCGGAGUCAGUAAAGAGACAAUAAUGAAGGCAAAUAUGUUAUCCAACCACAGUAUGAUUUACCCUUUAAAUCCCAUUCUGAUUCCACUAAAACUCGAGGAUUGCAGAGAAAGUCCUGGAAGUUUUUACUGCAGCUGCCCGGAUGGCUAUCUUCGUGUCAGUGGCCUGGGGCAUUUCCUGUGCAUUCGAGUUCCUGGUAAGAAGUUCCCAAUCAAGCUGGUUGUGUCCAUAGGUGCCAGCAUUGGUUUCGGGUGUCUCUGUCUCUUUGUUUCCGCUUACCUGUUGUACAGGUAUCUCAAGAAGCAGAGGUCAAACAAUAUCAAGAAGAAAUUAUUCGAGCAGAAUGGCGGGUUUUUGUUACAACAGAAGCUGGCAUCCUUCAGAAGUGGCGAAAAGGCAAGAAUUUUUACCCGAGAAGAGCUUGAAAGAGCAACAGACAACUACAGUAAAAGCCGGUUUCUUGGUCAGGGAGGCUAUGGCACGGUUUACAAAGGCAUGCUAGAAGAUGGUACAAUAGUCGCCGUGAAAAAAUCGAAAGCUAUUGACAGAGAGCGAAUCGACCAAUUCGUGAACGAAGUGGUCAUUCUAUCACAAAUAAAUCAUCGGAACAUCGUAAAACUUUUAGGAUGUUGCCUGGAGACCAAGGUUCCAACACUUGUCUACGAAUAUAUUCCAAAUGGAACCUUAUCGCAGCAUAUCCAUCAAGAUCGCAAUUUCUCCCUUCCUUGGGAAGACAGACUUCGAGUUGCGUGUGAAGUUGCCGGAGCAGUAGCUUAUAUGCACUCUUCUGCUUCGGUUCCCAUAUUCCAUCGCGACAUUAAGCCUUCCAACAUACUCCUGGAUGAGAAGCUGGCUUCAAAAGUAUCUGAUUUCGGUACUUCAAGGUCAGUUCCAUAUGAUAAAACCCACAUAACCACAGCAGUCCAGGGUACGUUCGGAUACUUGGAUCCUGAGUAUUUCCAGUCGAGCCAGUUCACAGAUAGAAGUGAUGUCUACAGCUUUGGAGUUGUUCUUGUUGAGCUCCUCACUGGAGAAGGGCCAGUCUCCUUUGCCAGAGGUGAAGACGAGAGGAACAGAGUCGCGAACUUCAUGACCAUGGUGAGAGAAGACCGUUUGGGUGAGACUUUAGAUCAUCGGGUUGCAAACGAAGCAAGAAAGGAGGAUGUCAAAGCCGUAGCAAUGCUUGCCAUGAGAUGUUUGAGAUUGAACAGGAAGAAGAGGCCUACGAUGAAAGAAGUGGCGAUGGAACUAGGACUGAGGAACUCACAGAGUCUCUUGCAAAUCAACCAAGAGGUUCGUUCGAUGAGAGAUGAACCAUUCCAGCACUGUGAUGAAAUCCACCAAGAAAUACUCGAUAGCACCUCCUUUUCCCUGUAUACUGAAUCUGGGUCGAUCCCAAGAUGAUCCAGGAAGUUCCACGCUACGAGGUGUCAAUGCUUCAUCAGUAUUUAUGGGCUCGGUCUCUUCCUCAUCUUACCUUUUUAAAGCAACAUUUGCUGUAAUGCUUGAUAUCAACAUGUAUUGCUUGAUUGUAUGGUAAGAUUUCAACUCAAGACGAACUGCAGCAAUAAGUGGAUUUCUUAUUUUCCCAAUAUUACAUUUCCAGAUUCACAGUUGCCUCA